AUGACCGAACCAUUUUUACGCGACACUCUUAAUCCCCAGGACUAUUAUGGUGGAUUUAAGAAGGAAAAUGGAUCUUUGCAGCAUCAUUUUCAAGAUAUCGAUGACUUGACCCAUUUUAAAACAUACAUGCGUCAACUAGAACAGCCUGAGACUCGAAAUUUUGUCCUGGACUUUGGAAAUGAGGACGCAUACUGUGCAAUCAACCUAGAAACAGAGGAUCUGAGAGCUUUAUUGAGUCAACCGCGAUCUAAAUGUUUUGGAACCCGGUGGAUUCAUCUUUGGGCGCCAGAAGAGCAAACUGAGUCUAUAAAGGCGAUGACCUCCUUGUACGGUGUCUCAGAGCGAUUACAAGGCUUAAUGUGUACUGCGCCUGUCAUUCAUCCACCAAAACCAGCAGCACAGCCAAAGAGUCGAAGAUCGCGAAACCAAGACUUACCAGUGGACCUUCCAGUUGGCCAUGAACUUGAUGAUGUCGAGAACGCCUUUCGGUUGAAACAUAUGUCGGAGCAUGACUCCCUAGUACAGGAUAACUCAUCAUUUAAGAAUCUGACAUUUUCGCAAGUCACUGAUCAGAUCUGGCAUUUCUGCUCGGUUGAUCAUGGUCCACGAUAUACUUGUCUCGGCUAUAACACGUUGUUCGUGACGCCCGGAGUCUCUAAAGAGACGAAUAAUAAUGGGAAAGACUUACCUGAGGGUAAACGACUCUGGAACUGGCUGAUCUUAUGUAACGAUGGCACUGUUAUCUCGAUCCAGGAGAAUCCAUUUCCUCGUCAACGAGGCAUGUUGAAAGGAGAUCAGAUCAAGGUGCUGGAUAUUGUGCGCCGAAAUGUGCGAUUUAUUUUCUCAGGCGUCUCGAAGCAGCACUUAACCAUGUCGGAAAGCGAUUCACUGGUGACUAUUCGGGUGCGCCAUUUCAAUGAAGUUGGACCGGAUCAAGCGAAUAUCAAGCAAGAGGAUGGGCCGGGCUUACUCUUCUACUAUAUUUUUGAUGACUGGGUGUCAAGCUAUGGGCUUAUCGCGAAGCGAGAGCAUCAAUAUGGCGUUGUUUUGGAAGAAUUGAGAAGUCAAAUGCUCGAACGUCCUAUUGUUGCCUUAGUCAACGAGUUGCACUGGUUGGGUCGACGUCUGGCUGUAUUGAAGCGACUUUAUCAGAGCUAUGAGUUGAUCAUGCGACGCGUCUUACAACGACAACGUCUACUCCGUGACGAGGCUCGCUCAAAUAAUCCCGCCCCUCUAUCCUUUGGAGCCACCUUUGGGGAUAUCGAGUUUGCCGAUAUGAGACAAGGGAAUUUAAUCAGUAACGGCAGCGCUCCACAGUCCAGAGAUACCUCAGUCGGAGUAAUCCUGACAUCAGCUUCCGUGGCAAGAUUUGAGAGACUCGUCGAUCGUAUCAAUUUAUACUGCUUGAGUGAAAUUGAGACGUGUUUACUAGAGAAAGAAUCUUUGACAUUUUUGAAUUUCAACUUGAUCGCUUUGAAGGACUCACAGGCAGUGGAGAAACUAACUCGGAUCACGAUCUUACUGGCAAAAGCAACAAUGCUGUUCUUACCUGUCAGUCUUAUGACUGCCUACUUCUCUACUGAACUUCAGGGCGUUAAGGGCGGAUAUACAAAGAUCGAUUACUGGGCCAGUUUUGCGGUGAUCUUUUUCUUAACUUUGGUUCUCCUCGCGAUGUUUGGUCUUGCUAGCGAUACAGUGGAGGGCAAAACUAUCUAUCGGUCUCUCAUCAAGACAUUCUUCCGUAACUCACGGCAGAGGCUGUCUCUUCAGCGGCGAGGACCUCGGUCCAAAAAUGAGGAAAAGUGA